CGGCCCCCGGUGCGGCGCGAGGAAGGCGGGAGCGGCGCGGUCCUCCACGCUCCCACAAUGCCCCGCUGUCCCCGCCCGCCUCCCCGCUCGGGGCACAUGCUCGGUGCGUGGCGCCGGCCCGGCCUGUUCCCGGCCCCGUCAGCACUCCCGGCACCCCCGGCAUGGCCCCCCCCACAGGGAAUGUCGUGGACAGCCAGGCGCCCCGGCUCGUGGCCAACCAGCUGCGCUGGGACCUGACGGCCGAGCAGAUCGAGGCCAUGGCCGCCGAGCUCACCGAGAGCACCAAGCUCGUGUACGACCGGGUGGGCAGCCAGGAGAGGGGGGAGGUGUCCUACGAGAACACCCUGAAGGCCCUGGCGGACGUGGAGGUGGAAUACACAGUGCGCCGGAACAUGCUGGAUUUCCCCCAGCACGUGUCCCCCUGCAAGGCCAUCCGCGCCGCCAGCACCGAGGCCGACAAGAAGCUCUCGGAGUUCGACGUGGAGAUGAGCAUGAGGCAGGACGUGUACCAGAGGAUUGUCUGGCUCCAGGAGAAAGCAGAAAGUGCUUCCCUGAAACCUGAGGCAAAGAGGUACCUGGAGAGGCUGAUCAAGCUGGGAAAGAGGAACGGGCUCCAUCUCCCCGAGGAGACACAGGAGAAAAUCAAAGCUAUUAAGAAAAAGCUGAGUGUCCUGUGCAUAGACUUCAACAAGAACCUCAACGAAGACACCACCUUCCUGCCCUUCUCCAAGGAGGAAUUAGGGGGGCUCCCUGAGGAUUUCCUGAACUCCCUGGAGAAGACAGAGGAUGGAAAGCUGAAGGUCACCUUGAAAUACCCACACUACUUCCCUCUGCUGAAGAAGUGCUACGUGCCCGAGACGAGGAGGAAGGUGGAGGAGAUGUUCAACUCCAGGUGCAAAGAGGAGAACUGCCUGAUCCUGAAGGAGCUGGUGGAUUUACGGGCUCAGAAGGCCAAUCUGCUGGGCUUCAGCACCCACGCGGACUUUGUGCUGGAGAUGAACAUGGCCAAGAGCAGCACGACGGUGGCCACGUUCCUGGAUGAGCUGGCCCAGAAGCUGAAGCCCCUCGGGGAGAAGGAGCGGGCCGUGAUCCUGGACCUGAAGAAGAAGGAGUGCGAGAAGCGCGGGCUGGAGUUCGACAACCGCAUCAACGCCUGGGACAUGCGCUACUACAUGAACCAGGUGGAGGAGACCAAGUACAGCGUGGACCAGAACCUGCUGAAGGAGUAUUUCCCCAUGCAGGUGGUCACCACGGGCCUCCUGGCCAUCUACCAGGAGCUGCUGGGGCUCACCUUCCACCUGGAGGAGAAGGCACCGGUGUGGCACGAGGACGUGCAGCUCUACACGGUGAAGGACACGUCCUCCGGAGAGACCAUCGGGAAGUUCUACCUGGACCUGUACCCACGGGAAGGGAAGUACGGGCACGCUGCCUGCUUCGGCCUGCAGCCGGGCUGCCUGCUGCCGGACUCCAGCCGGCAGAUCUCGGUGGCCGCCAUGGUGGCCAACUUCACCAAGCCCACGCCGGACGCCCCUUCCCUGCUGCAGCACGACGAGGUGGAGACGUACUUCCAUGAAUUCGGGCACGUCAUGCACCAGCUGUGCUCCCAGGCCGAGUUCGCCAUGUUCAGCGGGACACAUGUGGAGAGGGACUUCGUGGAGGCCCCAUCCCAGAUGCUGGAGAACUGGGUGUGGGAGAAGGAGCCGCUGCUGCGCAUGUCCAGGCACUACAAAACGGGCAGCCCCAUCCCGGAUGAGCUGCUGGAGAAGCUCAUUAAAUCCCGGCAGGCAAACACGGGGCUCUUCAACCUGCGCCAGAUCGUCCUGGCCAAGGUGGACCAGGCGCUGCACACCCAGACCAAGGCCGACCCCGUGGAGGUGUUUGCCCGGCUGUGUGAAGAGGUGCUGGGUGUCCCUGCCACCCCAGGGACGAACAUGCCGGCCACCUUUGGCCACCUGGCCGGGGGCUACGACGCGCAGUACUACGGCUACCUCUGGAGCGAGGUGUUCUCCAUGGACAUGUUCCACACCCGCUUCAAGCAGGAGGGCAUCAUGAACUGCAAGGUGGGCAUGGAUUACAGGAACUGUGUCCUGCGUCCCGGCGGCUCCGUGGAUGCCUCUGACAUGCUGAGGAAGUUCCUGGGCCGGGAGCCCAAGCAGGACGCCUUCCUGGCCAGCAAAGGACUGAAGGUGGAGAGCAGCUCGCUGCCCUCGGGCUGCUGAGGCCCCUGUGCAGUGCAGCCCCUGCCCACGCACUUCCCCUCACCUGGUACCUGCCACCAAACACCCCCUGGGCCACCCCUGCCUCGAGCUGCCCCGCCAGGGUCCCGCUCUGAGCCCCCCCUGGGCUCUGGGAGCCGGGCUCAGCCCUGGGCCGGGCUCUGCAGUGACAGGGAGGUGACCUGCCCUUGUCACCCCCACCGGGGAUGGGGCUCUGGGUCACCCACAGAAAUUUGCUGAACUUUGAACCUGAGUCCUGCACGAGGGUGAGUUUCAGCCUCACCCAGAGCCAGGGAAGGAGGGGGAGAGGAGUUCCCAAAGCUUGGGUCGUUGUUUUUAAAUCCCAUCUUUUUAAGAAACCAGAAUUCCCACCCUGUUGUUGUUUCCCCCUUGGCCUGGUUUGUGCCCCAGGACAGAUGGAACUGUCCUGAGCACCAAACAAGGGCAGCGAGCCCCGCUCUCCCCAUCUUUGGGCAGCUGUUGGCUGUGGAGUAAAGAUGGGGAGAUCCCAGAGCUUAAAACCCAUGGAAUUUACUGGAACAUCCUGCCCUGAGCCCCUCGGACCUUCCUGCCUGGGAGGGGGUGGCUGGUGGAGGUGUUGCCAGAAUAGGGUUUGGGGGGCAUGGCUGGACCCCCUGUGCCAGGGGGGGCUGUACCUUCCUCCAGGCUGAACCAGGGCCAUCCCGGGGCCAUUCCAGGGCCAUCCCGGAGCCAUCCCAGGGCCAUUCCAGGGCCAUCCCCGGGGCCAUCCCAGGGCCAUUCCAGGGCCAUUCCAGGGCCAUCCAGGGGCAGCCAAUGCAGCCUGGGCUGUGGCAGGGGAGGGUGUGGGUGUUGCUGUCAGCUCUGGGCCGGGCUGGGACAGGGGAGGGCCGUGUUUAUUACCAAAAAAACAAGCUGACAGCUUCAAACAACACGGAUGCCGGGAUAAAAAUACCCGGCGGGCUCCGCGCCAGACCUGGGGCUGCUGGGAGCGGCGCCACGGGCAGGGACAGCAGCCAGGCCUGUGCCCGGCCUCGGGAUCAGCCAGGCUGUGCCACCUGUCCCCCGGCUGUCCCCGAGGACCCUCGGGGUGUUGUGGCACGAGGCCCCGUGCCAGGGCAGGGCCGUGGGUCGCGGUGGUGGAGCCCCGACCCCGAGGGCAAAGGCCGGGCCGGGUUUGCUCAGGGAGGAACCACGUGCGGGCUGGGAGAGGUUCCCAGCUGCUUCCUCGGGAGCUGAGGAGCCUGGAGAGGGGCUGAGGAGCUCCGAGGGGGGCUGGGGUUUGUGUCCCACCCCACCUUUGGCCUCGGGUGUGUCGUGUGAGGGCUGUGGGGUCCCCCCCUGCUGCUCUGCCGUGGGUUGAGGACACGAGUGAGAGCCAAGUGCCCAAACUCACACCCGCCACCCCAUCCCCCUGCGUGGGAGCUGCCGUGUCCCCCCCAGCCAGGCUGUUCCCUGUUCCCUCUCCUCUGGCCUUUGUCCCCAGAGGGCUCACCCCAAGUGCAGACAAAGUCGUUGCUGUCACCUCCCUCCCCCAGACCCUGCUGGUGACACCCCCUCCCUCGCUGGUCCCCUCUGGUGCUGACACGUAGGCGGGUCCAUGAGCAGGGCAGUGGCUCCUUGGUGCUUUCUGGGGCCACGUCGAGCAUCUUGUCCUUAUCCCCUCCCGUGUUUUAGGCAUAGGUGGGUGGUCCCAGCCCCCCCCCCCGACACUGUGGGUGAUUUUAGUGUCAUGUUUUACUGAGCUUUCAGCGUUUCCAGACUCUUCUCUCAAGAGAGAGAGAACCGAAGCUGGACAGGGAAACCACGCACUUUCCUCCCUCCUUCCCAGCCCACAGGUCCCUCUGUCCCCUCUCCAGUGUCCCCACUGCUGGUGGGGCUGGAGGCAGAGCAGGGUGACCUGGUGCCCCUCCUGGUGACCCCCAGGAGCAGCACCAGGACACGGCUCCUUGGAGCUGCACCUCCCCACCCCACCCCAUCCCAGGCUGGCAGGGAAGAGAGCUCCCUUUUGGGUUUGGAUUUCAGGUUUUUUUUUUUCCUGUUGACGUUUUUAAGGGCAGACUGGUGUGUGUGUGUUCAUCCCAGUCACGUCCCCGCCCCGCUUGUCUCCAUGACUGGAUUUUAGACGGUUCCCAGCACUAAUAAAGGUUUUCCUCCGCCGAUGUU